AUGCCCUGUCAUGGCCCCCUCUACCGCCUCCCUCUCCACCUCCUCGACCACAUCGCCUUCUACCUCGUCGCUUCGCCGGAUACCGACUCUGACUCCGACUUCCUCCCUCUCUGGCCGUCCCUCGCCCGUCUCCCGCCGUUGCUCCUCACUUCCAAAGUUAUCUACUCGGCGCUCUCCCCCGGCCACGCUCUCUCCUUCCGAAACGGGCAGCGAUACCCCCUGCGCACCGACCUCUACGCACGGCUAUGCGACCUCUUUCUGGACACCGGGGCGGCGAAGCGGAGGUGGUGGCGGGGGAUGGCAGGUGCAGACGGGGGUGGACCGACGAGUUCAGCGCUUACGGCCCAUUUCAUCAGAGUCGCGAAGACGGUUGGGUUCUAUCGGCGGAGUAUGCGCUCCCUCGAUGCGACACCACCCGUGGUCGACUUUUAUCCCGAGCAUUCCCCACAGAUAACAGAGCACCUUCUCACCACCUUCCUAAUGCUCCUCGAAAACGACUCGAAGAAUUCGAAGCAGCUCGAUAGCGUCCAGGCUGGCCGGUUUGUCAUGUAUUUGACCUUGAAGAGGCUGGGGGAGGGGAGGGAGAGUAAUGACGAGUGGUUGGUUGAGAACGUGCUCAACACGUUGUCGCUUUGGGUGUGGUGGUUGCUGACGACAAAGGAGGAAUUGGAGCAGGAGACGCAGACCAGAAGGAGUUGGAUCGUCAGUCUCAUUCUUCCCUAUGUUCUUUGUCCUUAUCGCUAUGCUUCAGCAUUGGCUCCCCCGACGCACUACACACUUCCCAUCCCCGACACUGCUCGCAAUCCCAUCUUCCAAGCACCCGUAUCUUCGCAGACAGCACACGGCCCGUUCCCGGUAUACUACUCACACCCGUUCGUUGGCGCCAACAUCGUCUCGACGCCGGCCCAGCAACAAGCUCAGCCUCAACCUCCACCCGCGCCACAAGAGCGACCAGAAGUCCCGGACAUGGACGCAGACGCCAUUCUUGCAGCCGCGCGUGCCGAGCAAGAAGAGCGCGAAGCGGCUAGGGCGGAAGAAGCGCCCGCUCCAGUCCAAGAAGCUCCCGCUGCUCCACAGCCAGAACCGAACGUUCCUAGUCCUAUUCCACCUCCGUCUCGUCCUCCCCCGACGCAGUCCAACUCGCAUGCCCAUCCUGCGUUUGGCGUCAAGGCGUGGUGGUAUAGUUCGAAAGGGCUGUACUAUCGCUCUCUCCCUAGGACGUCGACGUCGAUGAUCCACUCUGAAGACCUCGACGACGAUGAUAUGCUCGACGACCCGGCACUCUCGGCUUCGGCCUCGCUGUAUACCGACUCGCCCUGGGCACCUCUAACGCUCACGCUCCCACCCGUGUCGAUGGCCGCCAAACUCAUGUUCGUCGCUCGCCGCGAGGUCAUCCCUGUGCAGAUUCCCCAUGUCAUUCCGGCUACGAGGGAGGCUGCGAGGAGGAUGGUGAUGGUUGAUGAUGCUGGUGUGGCCCAACGGAUGUGGAGUGGGCCCACGCAAGAGGAUAUGAGAGAGGUUGCGGGCUUCAAGGCUGCCAGAGUUAGAGGUUUGGCUGCGUCCACUUCUCCGGCGACACCUGCUACCACAUCGACCACGACGACGACCGCCACCACCACCACUCCUGCGACCCCGUCCUACACCCUCCCCGAGCCGACCUCUCGCAACUACGACACCGAGUUCUACAGGAUGCUUCAAUGCGGGAAUAUCCUCAACCCUUCUGGCAUCGGACUCGUCUCGCCAUUAAGUAGGAGCAACACACUGGACUUGAGGUUCGGGUUGGGCAAGGUAUACGAGAGGGGGAUGUUGAAUGGUUUGUGGCAGGGUUUCAUCUAUAUUCCCAACGACGCCUCGCUUAGUUUCAUCGCGCGCACCCGCACCUUCCCCAGCAACUUUUCAGAGCAGGCGUUGGGUAUAAUUUCGAGGCCACUGUUUAUGCGUAUCCAGGAGCAUGGGUAUAUCGCUACACCCGGUCCACUGGAUUGGCAGGAACAGGAGGAGGACGAGGUAGAGAGGAAGUUGGUUGGGUACGAGCACGAGGGGGAGAAGAAGAAGAGCUCGAAGGGCAAGAGACCAGAAGAACCUCGAGAGAAGCCGGUUAUGAGGCGCGAGAUGGAUCGUGGCGGGGGCGAGGGAGGCCCCGUUCCCAUUCCUCCGGCUUCGACUCUCACUCGGACGUUUAGGGAAGAAGUCCAAAUUCAAGUCGAAGUUUCCGAUCCAGAGGACCAAGUUGCUCCUGCGCCAUCGACAUCCACGAAAUCAAAAGCCCGACAACCUCGACGCCGGGUGGAGACGAGGAAGGUUAUGGUGCAGAGGGUGAAGGAGGCGUUCUUGGACGAGAACAUGAAUAAUGCGUGGUUGCCUGGUGAAGUUGGGAGUUUGAGGUGGGAGAAGGGUGCGGUUGGUGAGGGAGUGGGGGAUGGUGUCUGGCGGGAUCCGUAUACCGCCCCUACCUCUACGUCAACGUCUUCGUCAGCCACCACUGCUCCGACUUCGACGACAUCGACGACAACGCCGACACUCCCGAUGUCGACUACGACGUUCAUCGUUCCGACUGUUACACCCGAGAGUGGAGUGGGGAGUAUGCUCCCUGAAGGUGCCGCGCCUCGACCUGUGGAGACGAAAAGGUAUACCUACGAGUUGUUUGAGAAGGGGAAGGAGAGUGUGCAUGAACGGCUUGAGAAGGCGAGGGAGGAUAGGAAGUACGUGAAAGGUGUUCGGUAUCCUUCUUCGUCAACGUCGUCGUUCCCAUCGUCAUCAUCGUCCUCGCACCCCGAAACCUACUUCUACCACCACCCCGGUUGUAUGAAAUGCCGCCGCCGCGAACGCGUGGUCGAGGCGAUCAAGCGGCGUGAGGAGGAGAAGAGGGAGAAGGUUAGGGCGGAGAAGGCGAGGAGGAGGAAGGAGAUGGAUGAGGCUGCCGAGGCGUAUUUUGCUUCGCUUGAGAUGGGGUGUGAGUGGUUAGCUGGGAACCGGCCUGGUGCGAGUGGUGGGAGGGAUGAUGGUGGUGCGAGUGGAAGGGAUGAUGGUAUGGAUGGAGACGACGAUGAGGAGGAGGAGGAAUGGGCGAAGAGGGAGGUAGUGGAUUUGAACUUUGGAGAGGAGGGUGUUGGGUUGAUCGUCGGUCGUGAGGAUGAUGAGGAGGAUUCGGACGAAGAGGAGGUCGAGUGUGAUACCUGUUUCUCCACCGACGUUGAGGAUAGCGAGUACGACGACGAGGCCUACUACUCCGACGACGACGACCUCGAUAACGACGAUCCCACCUCCACCCUCCCCACCCUCGAACGCUGCACCGACGGCAUCGAAGACACGAUCCUCACCGGCGGGAUGGACGCUCGGCACGCCGAAGCCUGGGGCGCGUACGUCUACUACGGGCGUGUACGACCUUGGGACGGGUUAGUUGGGAUCCUGCGAAUCAGCGUUGAGCUCCCACCGGACGACGUGCCCGUUGACGGUGAUACCCCGCGCACGCAGAAUUCCAAGUUCUUCUUUUAUGGGUAUGUGCAUGCUGGUCGGACGCUUGUGGGGAAUUGGAGGGUUGCGGGUGUGGAUGCUGUUGCGCCUACUUUGGAGAGUUGUUUUGUUGUUAGUAAGAGGGAGGAGUGAGUUGUGUGAGGACUGGCGGUGGUGGGGAAUGGGGUGGAUGUGGUUUGUGGUGGUGGAUUCUUUCUUUUCUUUCACU